UUCAACGACGGCCGGCUCUCGACUCGAGUAGCGAUAACCACUUAAAAUAGGGAGGGGGACAAGUGAGCGAAUGAAACAAACGAGGGAAAGUUGUUUAUGCAGACCAUGAGCGAGGUGUUGGUGGCGAUGCCGGCCAACGGCGGCGGCCGCGUCUCCGGAAGAAAUCCGGAGCUCAACCGCCAGUUCCAUACUUCACUAUCCAGAUGCUCUUCUUCCUUUGGAUUCCCCAACCUACUGCCGCAGCGGAACAUUGGAAGGAAGCUCCUCUAUUCAAGCGGCGGCGGCGGCGGCGGCGUUGGUUUGGCCCCGCGAGCGUCAGGGAAUCCAGGCGAGUACUAUCCUUCUGCUCCAAUUCCUCCACUGCAAUUCGAAUCUCCGGUGGGCCAGUUACUGGCGCAGAUUCUGCAGUCGCAUCCGCAUUUGUUGCCCGCUGCAAUCGAUCAGCAGCUCGAGAAUCUUCAGACCGACAGAGAGGCUCAGGGGGAAGAUGCUCCUUCUGCUCAGGAUCUACUUUACAAGAGGAUUGCUGAGGUUCGAGAGAAUGAAAGGCGUAAGGCACUGGAAGAGAUCAUCUACUCUUUGAUUGUUCAAAAGUUUCUCGACAAAGGCAUCACAAUGAUACCAAAGAUAACACCCACCUCGGAUCCCGCUGGACGAGUGGACUUCUGGCCGAACCAGGAGCAGAAGCUGGAGUCUGUUCACUCUGCUGAAGCCUUCGAAAUGAUACAAAGCCACCUAUCUCUCGUCUUAGGAGACCGCUCGGUGGGCCCUAUCGAUACCAUCAUCCAGAUCAGCAAAAUCAAACUAGGCAAGCUAUACGCAGCUUCAAUAAUGUACGGAUACUUCCUGAGAAGAGUUGAUGAGAGGUUCCAGCUCGAGAGAACCAUGAACACCCUUCCCCAAGGUUACGAUGAGAACCGGGCUAGAUACGAGGAACUCAGAUCCUCGACCAAGGGGCUGUGGGACCCAGACUCCUUAAUAGAAAUGAUGCCGGAUGAUGGUGGUGAUAACGUUGAUGAUGGAACGUCAUACAGACUGAGGUCGUAUGUUAUGUACUUGGAUGCGGAGACCCUUCAGAGAUACGCGACCAUGAGAUCUAAAGAAGCGGUUUCUUUGAUCGAGAAGCAGACCCAGGCACUGUUUGGUAGGCCGGACAUAAGGAUAGCGGAGGAUGGUUCGCUAGACACGAGCAAUGAUGAAGUGGCGUCGCUGACAUUCUCCGGGUUGACAAUGCUGGUGUUGGAAGCAGUAGCAUUCGGGUCUUUCUUAUGGGAUGCUGAGAGCUAUGUUGAGUCCAAGUACCAGUUCUUGAAUGGCUGAGAGUUCUAUUCUUUUCAUAUCUGGAUUUGUUAUGAUAGCUUUGUAGGUUGUACAAAACAGGAAAUUUGUUUUACAUUGUAAAACGAGGGAUGUUGUAUACUUGUAUUCUUGUUUGGGGAUAUGAAAGAACUGAUAGCAGCUGAAGAGGUUGUAUAAGCAGUAGGGUGAAAGAAAAAGGAAAAAUAGUAUUGCUUCCAUUUGUUUGCAUCGGUAGUCAUCUACAGUACA